AUGAGUCCCACCAAUAUUUUACUAUGGGCGCGAGACACGGCCAGUGACCUCGAAUCGGUUCCCUCGACCUUUUCCAGUUGGGAUAAAUGCAUGACUAAAUCUUACUGCAAGUGGCCCGUCAUUGCUGGUAUCAUUGUUGGUUCCGUGAUCCUCCUCGCCGUGCGCAGAAACAAAACCCCCAAGCAUUAUGAUGAACCCCCCUUCCACCAACCUCCUCCGCCUGCGCCGAAUCCAGUAUACCAUUCGUCCCCAGCUCCACCAUCCUACCGCGGCGCCGAGCAGACUGCGCGCUUUGAUGCACCAAAGUCACCCGCCGUCAAAGUCAACGAGGAUGCUCUACCUGAAAUGCCUACUUGGGCUGGUGCCGUGGACAAGCAUGUCGAGGAUAAGGACCACCACGAGGACGUCGAAAUGGCAGCUUUGAACCCCCCAGACCGAAAGCAGGGUGCUGGUACCCCAGGUGCCGCAUACUCGGACUAUUCUCCAAACCCAAGCAUGACAGCCGGCUACAGAGGCUUUGCACCGACUGACCCUUAUGCACGCCGUUCACCCGGCCCAGGAGCCGCCUUGACCCCAAUUCAAGAUCCAUACGCGCGCCGCUCACCAGGCGUACCUUCCCCCGGCGGCAUGGAUCCCUACGGCCGCAGGUCACCAGGCCCUGCAGCAGCACUAGCCGCAACCCAGGACCCAUACGGCCGGCGUUCGCCAGGCGUAGUACCCUCAGUCGAUCCUUACGGACGACGCUCACCCGGACCUGCAGCCGCAUACGGCACUCAGAUCCAAGACCCCUACGCUCCGCGCUCGCCAGGUCUCACUUCGCCCAUGGGCGCCCCAGUCCACAAUCCCUACGACCAAUACCAAGAAAGGUACGAUGAUCACUACGAUGCAGGCGCAGGCGCAGGCUACCACGCCGUGACUUCGCCCUCACCUGUCGCUGCAUACAAGCCCCCAACGCAAUACAGUCCCGCGCCAAUGGCCUUCUCCCCGUCCUCGGAAAUUGACCGAGGCACAGCGGCAACCCCUGGCUUCCAGCGCCAGCCUUCUUUUGGCUCAAGCCAAUACCCACCAACCUAUACUUCCCAGCCUGCAUCUGCAUACCGUGGCUACUCGCCCGGUGCUCCCUCUUCGCCCCCUCCUGAAUUCUCGGCUCCUGCUACCGAAUACGCUACUUAUAACCCACACGCUCGCACUGCUCACACUGCCCAUGAGCCGGACAACACUCGGCCUCCGAGUCUAUUGCAGAGUGGAAAACAGCCCAAUGCCUCGAGUAACUUUUGA